AGCAGACGUUCGAAACGUACGUUACUAAUGAGUGCAGUUUCUGUUUUCUCCGCAAUCCAUCAACUGUAUCUAUUAGAAAAAUCUAUAAAAGCAUAAUUCACAUCUAAAAACCUCUAUUGAUGCAGAGACGUCCACUCACUCGCAUAGAACUUGGAUUGCAAGACUUGAUGGAAUUUAAAAACUUCAUUGAUACUCAGUCUAAUGGAGACUGUGAAAAAGGUAGCAAAAGUACCAAGGAUUCUUUUGAAAAGGUACAACUUCGAGAAGCUGAAAGACGAAGAAAAAAUGCGCGCCAUCGGAUCGGUCUACCUCCAGAUUAUUAAGAGACUUUAAGACUUAGUGUAUAUAUGCUUCUGUGAACCACUAUAAUCAAUGUUCAAUUUCAACCUUUUUUCGCUGGACCUACAUGUUUAUCGUUUGAAACUUCACGAAUAAUCGGUAAUUUAAAUAAAAUCGCCUGCUAACAGUCUGCGAAGUGGUUUGCAACGUUUAGUCGAAUUUUUCGGAAUACAAUUUGACAGACUACCUCAGAAAUUUCAACCAAAUUGUCAUAUUUUCUACAAUAAAUCUCAAGUUCUAAAGUGUCGCAAAAAUAAUCCACAGCACAACGCACCUCUGGUUCAUUUCUAGAAUGAGGACUAUUUCCUAGGUCUAGAAUGAAUUGAAUUGUCUAGGAUGUCAUAUCAUACUGAAAGUCUUCUUUCACUAAAGAAGGGAUUUAUUGUUGCGCCUAUUUUGGGAAAGGGCGUAGAUAAUGUACACGAAAAUGGUUUCGCCUCAGGUCGGUUUUAAGCUGCUUGUAAAAUAUUGACUGGAUCAGACUACACAAAUUAUCUAGACCAAAUACAACAAGCAGGUUGGAUUUUGUUCAGGCCAUCACAUCUCACUCUUUCUCAAAACGAUUAGGUAUCGUCACACGUAUCGCAUUCCUUAUAUCAGAAUUGCAGUCAAUUUAUUUAACAGAACUGUACUUUACAUUUAUACAUUAGAGAGGACUGUAAUCGAGGCGGUCAUCUUAGAUUUUUUCACAGCUAUCGUAUUAGAGUGAUAACGUACAAUUAUCUUUAAAUUCUAGUCCAUAAUAUGAGUGCGUUUGAAUGAGGCUAACCAAUCUUGCUAAUUUUUCUGUAGCCUUAUAAAUGAUGAUAUUUCCCAAACAGCUUUGAAUAGAGUACGUGAUUGAAAAACAUAUUUACUUCUCGGAAUGUAAAUUAGUCGAUCGAUGAUCAGCGUUUCUGAUUAAUGACGAGUACUCUUGACCCUCAAAGCGCAAAAUAUAUCACAAGAGGGAUUUAGGGUUUGUGUAUUUAGUGAGAUUUGUGUCGUUGUUGAGCAGCAGCGAUAUACUUUCACUAAUUUUGGUUCGAGGUGAAUAGUGCUGUUACGUCGAAGGAUAUCAUCAGUUCGUCGUUGUUGAAUUGGAUGUUCUUAAUUCGGUCCAGGAAUUGUGUGGGGGAUUCGAUGGAGUGGUUGGCUGAAUCUACUAAAUAUCUCAAUAAACUGCCUACUUAGGGUUUGUCCAUAAACUCAUAUUCGCUGGUGAACUGCUAGAAAUGUUCAGGAUACUCAUGUGCCGGAAUACUGAUGUUUUCAGAGACAAAGAUCUCAUAUAGUUAAAGAGACCCAUAUUUAGCGCUGUCACGACAUUAUAUUGUUUAAGCGUUAGUGUAGUAGCAGUUAUCCUCUACUCUUGUCGAGCCUGGCGUCUUUAAUCUUAAAACUUUAAACGACUCUGUAUUAGGUCAUUGUUUUCGGCGACUCAAUAUUGUGACUAAUGUCAAUAUGCGUCGAUAUGUGGCUAAUCAUAUUGGUAAUCACUGUCCAUUCAUUGAUAGCAUCCCUGGUAACCAACUUCAGAUAGUUUCCGAAACCAACUGGUUCUUCUCAGAUUUCUGUUGAAGUUUGGUGAAACAUAAUACCCGUACUUAUACAGUACAUAAGAUAAUUUGCUAAGGGAUUUUAGAAUUAAAAUGUCCUUUAUUUCUAAAUGAAUGCUUAACCGGGCCUGUAUAAAUAGCAAAAAAGGUAACUGGUAGACUAAUGGGUAUUAUUAAAUGAAUUUACGGCUAAGAAACAACUAAAAUAUGAUGAAUUUUUGGUUAUGCAUGAGGUUCAAGUUUUGGCUUAUCCAUGAUUUGAAUUACGAAGAAAUUCAACAGACGGUAAUAUAACAGUUGUUAAGGCAAAC